CUAGGCAUUCAAAUACGGGUUCUGGAUGUCACCAAAAAGGAGCAGAUAGAAAAUCUGGCCAAGGAGAUUGAAAGGAUUGAUGUCCUCUGUAACAUUGCAGGAUUUGUUCAUCAUGGGACCAUUCUGGAAUGUGAGGAGCCAGACUGGAACUUCACUAUGAACCUCAAUGUUCGCAGCAUGUAUCUAAUGAUCAAGACAUUCCUUCCUAAGAUGCUUAAACAGAAAUCUGGAAAUAUUAUAAAUAUGUCUUCUGUGGCAUCCAGCAUUAAAGGAGUUGUGAACAGAUGUGUAUAUAGUACUUCAAAGGCAGCAGUUAUUGGUCUAACAAAGUCUGUGGCUGCUGAUUUCAUUGAACAAGGCAUCAGAUGCAACUGCAUAUGUCCUGGAACUGUUGAUACACCAUCUUUACAGGAAAGAAUCCAAGCCCAGCCUAACCCAGAACAGGCAUUGAAAGACUUUCUAGCCAGACAGAAGACUGGUAGGAUGGCUGCUGCUGAAGAAGUGGCCCAUCUCUUUGUGUACUUGGCCUCUGAUGAAUCUGCCUAUGUGACUGGUAAUGAACUAAUCAUCGAUGGAGGAUGGAGCUUGUGA